CCUACCGUCGGUGUUAUUUCACGGGUUCUUUUUUUGUGAUUAGACGAGGACGAGAGGGCAGUGCGGUUCGGUGCGACUGCCGCGAGUUCGUGGAUUUACCCGUUGUUGCCGUUUCCGUGAGUCUCGCACGAGAGAGUCGGGAGAGGAUAGAGAGAGAGAGAGAGAGAAAAAAAAGAAAGAAAGAGUGAGAGAGGGAGGGAGCGAGGCGGGGGACGCAGAACGGGACGCGAACGAGAGUCCAACGCCGUCGAGUCGCCAGGUCGGCCACUCGCCAGUCACGGGAAAAGACGUAACGAUCGGAGUCAUCGGGGUGGCUGCGGUUUUUUUUCCCGCCGGAUUUUCGCGAGCGAACUGGCGCCAGCAGGCUGUCCGAGGCAAAAGUCGCGCAGCAACGGCGACGGUCGGUCGGAUGUGUCGCUAGGGUGUAUACACGUCACGCACGUGCAGUACCGAGAUCCGUCGUCUCCGGAGUAGAGUCGAGUAUAGAGUGUGUGCGUACAAUACAAGCGUGCGUGCGUGCGUGCGUCGUGUGUCGUGCGUGCGUGCGGUGCCCGUAAUCCGGUGUCUCGUGAAACGUAAUAUCGGCGAGACCGCGUGCAGUAGCCUGGGUGCGCGUGAGUGACGGUGAACGCGGAGGAGAGAGAAGAGAGGACAGCGGCGGCAGAGGACCCGUAGCCGAGAAGGUAGAGAGGAGAUAAAGAUGAGCAAGACGUGCGCCCGCUGCGAGAAAACGGUCUACCCGAUCGAGGAGCUCAAGUGCCUCGACAAGAUAUGGCACAAGCAAUGUUUCAAGUGUCAGGGCUGCGGUAUGACCCUGAAUAUGCGGACGUACAAAGGUUUCAACAAACAGCCAUAUUGCGAGGCGCACAUACCAAAAGCUAAAGCCACCACGAUGGCGGAGACACCGGAGCUGAAGCGUAUCGCGGAGAAUACGAAGAUACAGAGUAACGUUAAGUAUCAUGCCGAAUUCGAAAAGGCGAAGGGAAAGUUUACGCAAGUGGCGGAUGAUCCAGAGACUCUCAGAAUUAAGCAGAACAGUAAGAUUAUCUCGAAUGUCGCUUAUCACGGCGAGCUCGAGAAGAAGGCGAUCAUGGAGCAAAAGAGGACAAUGACCGGAGAAAACGGCGAGCAAAUAGAGUACGUAGAGUACACAGACGGUACGAUCGCACCUGCGUCGAGCAUAAACGCCAAUCCGCCGCCUGCAAGGACGGCGAAUUCGCCGGUGCAGAGGACACCAGGUAGGAUCGCUGAUUACGAUCCCCUUAGCGAAGCGAGGCCGAGUCCCUAUUCCGCAAGGCAAGCUGCUACCACAGUCAUUUAUACGAGCGACAAGGGACCAGUGACGAAUCCACCGACACGAAAAAUCGGCUCGGUUGCCGACAUCGAUCCAGUGAAUGAAUAUUACGGAUCGUUAACGCCAGCCACCACGAUAAACAAUAAUCAACAUCAACCUCAACAUCAAUCACCGCCACCGCCCUCCAACGUCGGAAGAGUGUACAGAGCGAUGUAUGACUACGAAGCGCAAGAUCUCGACGAGGUGAGCUUCUGCGACGGUGAUUUGAUUGUCAAUUGCACAGCUGUCGAUGAAGGAUGGAUGACCGGAUUGGUGCAACGCACGGGACGACACGGCAUGCUACCAGCUAAUUACGUUGAACCGGCGCAGAUUUAAAUGUUUUAUGUCGAGCUUCCGUUUGCUAACUGUUGCCGCCACUUCGAUCAGAGCGCUUAAUUAGGGCGCGCUUUGCCGAAGAAAGAGUCGACGUUAAAAAAAAUUACGUGAUACUCGAGAUAGCGCUUUUAUUCGGCUCUUAUUAUUCGGUCAGAGUAAAGUUGUUUGAUCGAAACGGCGCACUGUCAUCUAAAAAAAUCAGAUAAU